CAGGGCCCGAUAACGAGAAACCUGCCGGUAACAUCACACAAACUAUCAUGAGGGAAAUUGUUCAUAUGCAGGUUGGCCAGUGUGGCAACCAAAUUGGUGCUAAGUUCUGGGAGGUGAUAUCUGACGAACAUGGCAUUGACCCUACAGGAACAUACCACGGAGACUCCGACCUACAAUUGGAGCGUAUUAACGUGUACUUCACCGAGGCUACAGGUGGAAAAUAUGUUCCCCGCUGUAUCCUCAUCGACCUCGAGCCCGGCACGAUGGACUCCGUCCGGUCAGGACCGUUCGGCCAGAUAUUUCGCCCAGACAAUUUUGUGUUCGGUCAGAGUGGUGCCGGAAACAACUGGGCCAAAGGUCACUACACAGAGGGCGCUGAACUGAUCGACUCGGCACUGGAUGUGGUACGGAAGGAGACGGAGGGUUGUGAUUGUGUUCAGGGCUUUCAGCUUACUCAUUCCCUGGGCGGUGGUACAGGGGCCGGUAUGGGCACCCUGCUCAUCAGCAAAAUCCGAGAAGAAUACCCCGACCGGAUCAUGAACACUUUCUCAGUAGUACCAUCUCCCAAGGUGUCGGACACUGUGGUCGAGCCUUACAAUGCCACCCUCUCGGUUCACCAACUUGUGGAGAACACGGACGAGACCUACUGUAUUGACAAUGAAGCCCUUUAUGAUAUUUGUUUCAGGACCUUAAAACUAACUACGCCCACCUAUGGUGACCUUAAUCACCUUAUAUCUGCCACGAUGUCAGGAGUGACAACAUGCCUCAGGUUUCCAGGUCAACUGAAUGCUGAUUUAAGAAAGAUCGCGGUUAAUAUGGUGCCCUUUCCACGACUCCAUUUCUUCAUGCCUGGAUUCGCUCCCCUUACCUCCAGGGGGAGCCAGCAGUAUCGUGCUCUGACCGUACCAGAGUUGACCGUGCAGAUGUUUGACGCCAAAAACAUGAUGGCUGCAUGCGAUCCUCGACACGGACGCUACCUUACUGCUACUGCCCUGUUUAGGGGCAGGAUGUCCAUGAAAGAGGUAGACGAACAGUUGCUGAACGUGCAGAACAAGAACAGUAGUUACUUCGUGGAGUGGAUUCCGAACAACAUAAAGACCGCUGUCUGUGACAUCCCACCACGUGGUCUUAAGAUGUCUGCCACGUUUGUCGGGAACACUACUGCCAUCCAAGAGUUGUUCAAGCGUAUCUCUGAACAAUUUACAGCCAUGUUCAGGCGGAAGGCCUUCCUCCAUUGGUACACGGGAGAGGGUAUGGACGAGAUGGAGUUCACAGAGGCUGAGUCCAACAUGAACGACCUGGUAUCCGAGUACCAACAGUACCAGGACGCCACCGCUGACGAGGAAGGAGAGUUCGAGGAGGAAGAAGGAGAGGAAGAAGCGUAACCACUGACUGAACGAAACUAAGACCAAAAACCUCCACAAAGUGUGAUAACAAUGCUAGUUUACAAUCAACAACACAUUCCGUCCAAUGCAGAAUAUUUAGAAUGUUAUAAGGACAUACUUACACGCAAAACCCAAUGUAAUAUUAUUUAUAUAUUUUUGUAAUUUUAAUUUACAAAUUAAACACUAAUGAUAAGUUAUAAUCAAUGUAUUUCUUUUCCUUUUUGUUUUAUUUAUUGAUGCCUCUCUCAAUAUUAAAUUAUUUUGGUAGAUAAUAGAACUAUUCAAAACAAAAUGUUAAGAUAUCAUUACGCCAACUUCACAACAUUGAGCGUCAGAUUGUUAAUGUCUACCACGGCCUUUAAGCCUAAUAGCCACGUUCAGUGUGAGUUAACAAUGAUAGCAUAAUAACCAAUCUCUUGUGAAACAGGUCAAUUUCAAGAUAAAGUGAUUACCACAAUAUUAACUUACCAUAAGGGUAUACAAUACAGGCUAUUGUAGUUCACCACUAGAAGUACAAGUUCAGGAGAGAAUCUAUCACUAUCCGUACAAUAGAUAAGGAAAUCUAAACCCAAAAGGUUCACUAGUAUAUAUUUAUUAUAUCGAUGAUGAUACAUGCAGUAUCACCAGUAUCACAGACAGUACAUACUUUAACCCGAUGGGUUUAGAUUUCUCUAUCCUCACAUUGUAAAUAAUGCUUUAUUAUCAUGUUUCUCAUACAUGCACAUUACUUUUACUUGAAUUUUCUCAAUAGUAUAUCGAUCUGUUUAUGUGUGACGUCAUACAACUUCCGUCUGUUUGUUUGCAACUAAUGAUACUUGUUUAUACUAUUUCUCAAUCAAUAAAAACAGCUU